AUGUCUGAUAGAGACAUUCGAGAAUUUUUUCAUCAGGCGUGUCCAACACGUCCUCUUAGAUCUUCUGGACACGAACGUGGGCAUGGCCGUGGACGGGGUCGUGGCCGCGGUCGCCGCAGGAUUUCACCAGCUGCCAUGCAACGCCGUAAUGAAUUGCGUGCCGUGGCGGCAGAGACCACCGCCGUACUGCCAGAUAUUCUGGCCGAUAUCAAAGGCCUGGAUCCUACAGCGACUUCGAUUCACCAUGCACGGUACCUAGGAACCCUCGAGGCGAAAGAUUGCCCAGGUUUCACACUUCCAGACGAUGACCUCCAAGCCGGAAUGAAGGGUACUCGCGUUCGGGUUUGCGACCAGGACACAUUCGAUGCAGCCCUUGAAUUACAGCCCGAUACCAAGGUUGCCUCCGUCAUCCCAAGAGCAGAUGAUGGCGACAUCGAAUUGAAGCCUGUGGCAGUUCUCAACCUAGCAUCGGAGCUACACCCAGGUGGAGGCUGGUUGAAUGGUGCUCUUGCCCAAGAAGAGGCUCUUUGCUACCGGUCAUCACUCUCACUUGCCUUAUCUCCAAGAUUCUACCCCAUCCCCUGCCUUUCUCUACUAUACACGCCACACUGCAUCCUCAUACGCACAGCAAUGGGUCCUGGAAGCGGCCAUCAACUGCUCUACCCUUCUACGACUGCCGAAUCUCUUCCAGUCACUUCAGUCAUCUCUGUAGCAGCACUGCGACGACCAGAAAUCACGGCUGCUGGCGGCUUUGCCAGUGUCGCAGAUGUAGACACUACCAAGGAAAAGAUUAGAAUCGUGUUGCGAAUCGCUGCCAUGAAACAACAUAGGAAAAUUGUGCUUGGUGCCAUGGGAUGUGGCGCGUUCAUGAACCCUCCCCAGGAAGUAGCCAAUUGCUUCGCAGAUGUACUGAGAGAGAAUGAGUUUAGGGGUGGCUGGUGGGAAGAUGUAAUCUUCGCUGUGCUAGAUAACGUCAAAGGCGACCAAGGGGGUAAAGAUGGCUCAGGGAACUUUGGCAUCUUCUACAGGACCCUGAAUGGAAUCAUUGCGUGA